UUCCGUAGUCUGCACAACCAGCAAACAAACAAUUACCAACAUGAAAUUCGUCAUUGUUUUCGUUGCCCUCUUCGCUCUCGCCUAUGCUGCCCCAGCUGCGCCUGAAGCCGAAAUCGUUGAAUUGAGAUCCGAUGUCGACCCCGAGAAAUACAGCUUCGCCUUGAAGACCAGCGACGGUACAUCAAAGGACGAAGAAGGUCACUUGGUCAAUGUUGGUGCUGAGGAUGAACACAUUGUUGCCCGUGGAUCUUACUCUUUCGUCGCUGAUGAUGGUCAAACCUACACAGUCACCUACAUCGCCGAUGAGAACGGUUUCCAACCACAAGGCGCUCAUUUGCCCGUUGCCCCUGAGGCAUAAGUCAACUUCUUUUAGCGAAGUGAUUUCCUUGGGUCUGUUGUUAGCGUUUAAGUGUGAAAA